GUGACCACACCCGCUUUUUCUGGGUGUGGCAGUUCCAAAUGGCUGGCUUUUUGGGUCCACGGUUGUCUAGACUUUCCUUGUCUUCUGUCAAGCAACACUUGCCCAGUAGAGCAGUCUCUUCUUCCUCUUAUAUUCUGAGCAGUAAACUGUCGGCUGCCAGUCCUGAUAUUCCCAGACCAUUCUCUGAAAUACCAAGGAAAAAAGGAUUCCUCAAGUACUGGGAUUGGCUCGGCCCUAGGCCUGAGAAUGUAACCAUCAAGCGUUUCAAAGAGUUGGGACACAUUUACCGAGAGUCCUUGCCUUCUUCUGGUUUCCCUGAGUUUGUAGUGGUCUGUGACCCCGAGGAUAUAGAGAAGGUCAUUCGAGCAGAUGGUAGGUGGCCUCUGAGAGAUGCCAUGCCGCUCUGGAGCGAACUGAGGGAGAAACUUAACCUCCCGAAAGGAUUGUUCCUUCUAAAUUAUGAGGAAUGGUACAAUCAGAGGAAGCCUAUGUCACAAUUCAUGAUGGUGCCUUUUAAAGUUCAAGAGCAUGCGCCAGUUUUUAAUGAGAUCACAGAUGAUCUCAUUAAAGCAAUAAGAGAACAGCGUCACCAUGAUACCAGGGUAUUGUCCGAUGUACCAAAACUGUUCUUUAACUGGUCAUUCGAAUCUGUAGCAUAUUUUGUUCUUGGGAAGAGACUGGGAGCACUAGACCUUGACAAUGUGCCAAAGGACUGUCAAGAGUUUAUAUCAGCUCUGCAAGAGUUCUUUGCUGCUACACAAGAUCUGCUGUUUAGCAAUCCUCUCAAGAAGCUCUUCCCCACAAAAGCAUUGAGCAGUUUGAAAGAGACGCAAAUAAAAAUAUACCAACUCUCGUUGAAUUAUAUCAGCGAUCGAAUCAGAGAAAUAAAAGAGAGAGAAGAGGAAGGGAAGGAAGAGCCUGAUGACAAGCGACCUGACUUUAUGACAUAUAUGAUUGAGAACAGUGGAAUGACAUUGGAGCAGAUUUCAGUUAAUGCACAAGACCUCCUUGGAGCUGGUGUAGACACUACAUCAUAUACUCUUGCUUGGUGCUUAUACUGUCUGGGCACUAACCCUGAUGUUCAAGAUAGGCUCAGAGAAGAGGUCAAUAGAGUAGUAGGAGACUCUACUGUUAUAACUCCUCAUCACAUACAUCAUCUACCAUAUCUCAGAUCCUGCUUUAAAGAAUCGCUGAGGCUUUACCCAAUAGCAGCAAACAAUAUAAGGAUAUUAAAUAAAGACAUUGUAUUAUCUGGUUAUGAGCUGCCUCAAGGAACCACCGUCCUAAUGCCUACCUAUGCAAUGGGGCGCUUGCCACACGUAUUCAAUGACCCACUCUCAUUCAAACCCGAGCGAUGGGAGAAAGGAGAUGAUCCUACUCAAGAAGUGCCUCGUUUUGCAUCUCUCCCGUUUGGAUCUGGCCCUAGGAUGUGUGUUGGUCGUCGUGUAGCUGAGCUAGAAUUGCAUAUUGCUCUUGCCCGUAUCAUUGGUUCUUUUAAUGUCUCUUAUACAGAGAAGACACCUAUGGAGAUUGCUCUUAAAUUUUUAUUAGUCCCAAAGACUUCUUUGAACUUGAAGUUUGAGGACAUCAAAUAAAUGUGUUUAGUAAUAAUAAUAAUAUAUCAUUUGUGUUAUUUUUAACUGCCCUUUAUUCAUUGUUGAGCUGAUAUACCAAUUUACACCAA